AGCAUGUGUUAACCCGGAAGAAGUGAACCAGGAAGUGAACCUGCUCUCGGCUUUGGCGGGCUGAAAUGUGGUGGGUCUCGGAAGACUCCGGCCUCAGUAAAGAAAGCUAACUUCCAUUCUUCUUUUUCUUAGAUGCUGAGAUGAAUCGACACCUGUGUGUUUGGCUUUUUAGACAUCCAUCUCUUAAUGGUUACCUCCAAUGUCACAUCCAGCUCCAUUCUCAUCAAUUUGGACAGAUACAUCUUGAUACAAGGAGGCAGGUUUUUAGACAAAACGGGAAUUGCAUUCAUCAUCAUCUGCUAAGUAGGAAUUGGUCCAGGAGAUAUUGUCAUCAAUACACCAAGAUGCUCUGGAAGCAUAAAGCACUACAGAAAUAUAUGGAGCACCUGAACAAGGAGUACCAAACACUUGAGCAAAGUCUGCAGCAUAUCUCUGUGAAUGAAGAGAACCGAAGGUCCUUGAACAGAAGGCGUGCUGAGUUGGCACCUCUUGCAGCCAUUUACCAAGAAAUUCAGGAGGCUAAACAAGCCAUUGAAGAAUUAGAAUCAAUGUGUAAAAGCCUAAAUAGACAAGAUGAAAAGCAGUUACAAGAACUUGCACUGGAAGAAAGGCAAACCAUUGAUCAAAAAAUCAACGUGUUGUACAGUGAGCUUUUCCAGAGCCUUGUGCCAAAGGAGAAAUAUGACAAAAAUGAUGUAAUUUUAGAGGUGACAUCUGGAAGAACUACUGGAGGUGACAUCUGCCAACAAUUUACCCGCGAAAUAUUUGACAUGUACCAGAAUUAUUCGUGCUAUAAACACUGGCAAUUUGAACUUCUGAAUUAUACACCAGCAGAUUAUGGUGGACUACAUCAUGCAGCUGCCCGAAUUUCUGGUGACAGCGUCUAUAAGCAUUUGAAGUAUGAGGGUGGGAUUCACCGAGUUCAGCGCAUCCCUGAAGUGGGCCUGUCCUCAAGGAUGCAGCGUAUUCACACAGGAACGAUGUCGGUUAUUAUCCUUCCUCAACCAGAUGAGGUAGAUGUGAAAUUGGACCCCAAGGAUUUGCGAAUAGAUACAUUUCGAGCCAGAGGAGCAGGAGGGCAGCAUGUUAAUACAACUGAUAGUGCCGUCAGACUUGUCCACAUCCCCACAGGACUAGUAGUAGAAUGCCAACAAGAAAGAUCACAGAUAAGAAAUAAACAAAUAGCUUUGAGUGUGCUGAGAGCUAGACUCUACCAGCAGAUCAUCGAGAAAAACAAGCGUCAGCAACACAGCACUAGAAAACUGCAGGUGGGAACAAGAGCCCAGUCAGAGCGAAUUCGGACAUAUAAUUUCACCCAGGAUAGAGUCACUGACCACAGGAUAGCGUAUGAAGUUCGUGAUAUUAAGGAAUUUGUAUGUGGUGGGAAGGGCCUGGAUCAGCUAAUUCAGAAACUGCUUCAAUCAGCAGAUGAAGAAGCCAUUGUUGAACUUUUGGAUGAAAACCUUAAAUCAGCAAAAUAAAUACUGACUUAUUAUUUAUGAUUAUAUAAAUGAAAUGGACCUAUAUCAAGAGACAGACUGAAGUAUGGAAAUCUAUGAAUAUUUAUAAAUUACAGCUAUAAGAAUACAUUUUGCAUAAAUAUAUAUUUUUUAAUGAAUC